AUAGCCAGUCCAUCGUUGCCACACAAUCUCAAUCGCAAUUGCCAAUUACUCAAUUAGCUCCUGGUCAAUCGCCGAUGCCGGAUAGCUUCUCACUCUCUGGACGGACAGACGCAGUUCCGACCUCGACAAAACGAAGCCACCACAACAACUUCUAGGGGGUAGCGAUACACCCAAAAUCAAUAAAGAUUAGAAGGUCAAUCACCCAAUCUCACUUAAAUCGGGUUUUUUUCUCUAUUUCUUUUUUAGAAAUUAGUAAUUACUCCAAAUAGGUCAUUGGUAGUUGAUUUUAUCAAUUUCAUAAUGUUCAUGAAUCAUGAUUUUAGAGUAUUGUUUUUAAAAUUUUAGUCUACUCUAAGAAUUUUAGAGCAAUCAGAGUUUAAGUUCACUAAUUUUAAAUUUUUGUGUUGAUUUGGUUAUUUGAAGCUUUGGACUUUGAAGGUUCAACUCUAAUUCGGUCAUUAUGCCUCCUAAACACCUUUCUGGGAGUCAAAAGCGUAAAAAAAGAAAAAGUGAUGAAGAAAUGAGAAAGUCUCAAAUGAGUGCUAUGGAUAAGUUCUUGUAUAAACCCGUUGUUGAAGAGAAUGAUGAAGAGGUAGAAGUAUUACUUCUCGAGAGACGAGAUUUGAACAAUUCAAAGAGUUUGAGAAGUUAUUUGGUUUUCUAUUUCCGCAUAAGUUGUGGGGGAUUGAAGACAAAGAUCAUAAGUUGUCUUGUUUUACUCUGGAAAAUGCACAGUAUGGUGAAAGAUCGGAUAUUGAUGCUGAAGAACUUUAUGCAGAGUUGAAGUUAUUUUGCACAUUAGAAACCAGUGAAUUUAGCAAUCCUAUUGAUGUUUUGAAGCAUUUGAAAGUUGAUCAUUUUCCAAAUGCAAGCAUUGCAUAUAGAAUAUUGUUGACUAUUCCAAUAACAGUGGCAUCUGCAGAAAGGAGUUUUUCCAAAUUGAAACUAUUGAAAUCUUACUUAAGAUCAACAAUGUCCCAAGAAAGGCUUAGCGGAUUGGCGAUAAUAGCAAUUGAGAAUGAAAUCCUUGAGAGUAUAGAUUAUGGAGAGUUGAUCAACCAAUUUGCUCUUAAGAGUGCUAGGAGAACUUCAAGAAUCCUCGGAUAGCCAUUAAGGGCAUACAACUCCACUCAGUUGCCACACGCUGACCGGACUAAUUUUUAUUGGUUGAAAUGUUUCACGUCAGAAUGUGACAUUC